CUCCAUAAAUGUCACCCAUGGGACAUUUCUCGUAUGUUGGUAUUGAAUCCCCUUGAGUGCUCUAAUGUCGGUGGUAUUGAAUCCCCGGUGGUUUUAGCGCGCGUAUAAUUUCGUAAAUCAACAUUUUGAACACGUGUGCGUAAAUGUUUGUCUGUGAUGGUUGACUUCAAAAUAAGGUGACAUUACAGAUUUUCUUUAGAUGAAAUGAGAUUUGCUAGACUUAUGACGGUAUCAUGAAUAAAAGCAACAACGUUCCCUUGCGUCCGGAGGUUAAAAGAAAUAUAAGAGCGCUGUUAAUAUCAGCACCAAGAGGUCUUAGUGUCGAGGACAUUGAACAUGAUUACCUUGCUGUCCUCGGAAAACCUUUGCCUUUUAAACAUUUUCAAUGCGAAAAUGCUUUGGAAUUUCUCAAAACAAUGCCAGAUGUCGUUUCACCUAUGUGGAUCAAUGGAACCUUAAUACUGAAAGGUGUUGCUGAUGAAAGCUCCAAGCAUAUUGCCAAAUUAGUUUCAAAACAGCGUGUUAAUACGAGAAAAUCUCGUCGUAUCUCCAAACAACCGGUGAAUACAAAACCAUUGAUCGUACCAAGUCAGUGUCGGAAGAACAUACAAGAAUUGCUAUCAGUGUAUCCCAAUGGUGUGCUUGACACAGCUUUCCUUUCAGCUUAUAAUCGACACUAUGGAUCACAACUAGAUUAUUCAGGAUUAGGAUUUAGGUCAAUGCCUGAAUUUUUCAAUGCCAUGCAAGAUAUUGCUGUCAUAGAGAAAUAUCCCCGGGGAGGAUAUAGAGUUUGUGCUGUUGCGAAGAAACGGAUGUCAACUUCAGUAAGAACAAAAAAGUUAUCACACACUUCUCAUACAUUAAAAGCGCCACCAUCUAAAGCUCCUCCUCUUAAGACUUCACUUUCAAAAAAAGCAAUUGAAGAAAAACCAUCAGCAUCCAAGAAAAAUGUUCAUACGAGUAAAAGACAACAUACAGAUCUGAAUUCUCUGGAUGAUUGUAAAUCACAGCCGAAAGCUAGUAUUGAAAAAGCUAAAAACUUACUGGAUAAGAAAAGUGGCAUCAGCGACAUGAUGAAAGAUGAAAUAAUUCAUGUUCUUACUCAAAGACCAAAUGGUGUAUGGACGGCUCGUUUUCCAUUUGAAUAUAAGACAUUGAUUGGGAAAGAUCUGAAUGUUUUAUCAGUUGGAUAUUAUAGUUUGAUUGAGAUGGCUUCUGCUAUGCCUGAUAUCAUUAGGAUUGAAAGACCAUUUUCCAAUGGAGAUUGGUUGCUGUUUUUAUCUUGGAAAUGUAGAAAAGAACGUAAUUUGAACAAAGUACCAUUACCAGAUGAAGCUGUUGGUAAAGAUGUUUUGUAUCAGACACCAUGUUUACAAGGCAAAAACUAUAUUGAAGUCUAUGUUACAAAUAUACGCACUCCAGACUGUUUUUGGAUACAAUUAAUGGAAUGUUCGUCUGCCUUGAUUGAUCUACAAAAUGAAAUUAGAAUUUUCUACUCUUCCAAAGAAAGUGCUCAUUUCCUAAUGGAUGACAAUUACAUAAAACUUGGCCAGGUUUGUGUUGCUAGAUAUCCUGUAGAUGAAGAAUGGUAUCGAGCAAUUAUUACUGCUACCUUACCAAAAGGAAUAAUUGAAGUGUUUUAUUUUGACUAUGGAAACACAUCACAAGUUACAAAGUCCCAUGUCCGCUUUAUGAAGAAAGACUUCAUUCAACUUCCAUCACAAGCUAUUAAAUGCAGGCUGGCAAAUAUAAAGCCAAGAACGAGCUCAUGGGAUCCAGCAGCAGCCCAUAAGAUGAAUGAUCUCACUGCAGACAGGGCUCUUGUUGGUUUGGUCAGUGAUAACAAGGAUAAUGUGCUGGAGAUACAUUUGUGUGACACUAAUGGAAAAGAUGAUAUUCACAUUAAUGAGAAUCUUGUUUAUGAAGGUUUUGCAGAUUUCAAAAUAUCUAACACUUCACCAUCGACGUUGCUGCCUGUACAAAAUUCAUCGGAUAAAAAACCAAACACGGAAAGUAUGGUUGUUCAACAGCCAAUGUUUCCAGAAUAUUCGUCGGAUAUGUUCGCUGGAUCAUUAUAUAAUGCGAAUGAGGCUGGAUUCCUUAAUACAUUGCUGGGUAAUCCUGACGUGCAUCAAGUAAAUCCAAAUAUCAAAGAGGUCAAUGUCGUACAUGAUGAGAAACCAAGCGAGGAAGAUCUUCUGUUUCAACACGAAGUUAAUGAAGAGCUGUCUAAUAUGACCAACACUGUCGUCAAGAGAUUAAAUCUUCCCAAUGGUAAUGUUAUCCAUGUCAUAAAGUACGAUGAUAAAGCUUGUGUAGAGCGCUCAGAAAUAUCAGCUUUGUUUUGGAAAAAAGAUUGUUUACGAUCUAAGUUGCGAGAAGUAAAGAGAGUUUUUAAAAAAGAACUUGUCUCUAGGGAAGACAAUGAAGAGAUGUUUAAUGAAUUAGCAAGACUCGAAGUUGGUGAUUUUGGUAUAGGUGAAGAUGUUAAGGAAUACGCUACACUUUAUCAUUUUUCUGCUUUUCUUGAAAUUCUUCAACUCUUUCGCCAUCCAUCAUCAGAGCUUAUUGAUUAUAUCAAGAAGGAGAUCUCGAUUUAUGAACAAAAUUCUGAAGAUUAUUGGCCACUCUCGAAAAAUGAAUCUGGUACGGAAGAUUCAUUUCAGAGCGAUGACGGUGAUGAACUUGAUUUAGAUCAACUUCUGCUUAUUAAACAAGCGUUGCAAUUUACUAGGAAACGUAUUCUACGAUCUAUGACUUCUGGUGGAAAUUGUGCGAUAGGAAAAAAUAUCGUUGACGAAGCUGAAGACGUCGAGUGUCGUCUGGAACACAUUCAAAGACUUAUUCGUGAAUUUGAAGCUAAAGAAGUUGCUAAAAAAGAGAAUGCUAAUGAUCAGGUACAUAAUGAUACUGGUGACGAGAAGGCCCUGAUUUUGUCCGUGGAAGAGAGACCUUUUAAACCUGUGGAGGAGAAGGUAGAGAGACCACCUAAACCUGUGGGAGUUACUUUCCCUGAAGUUCGAAUGCCAGAAAACGUCACCAAAACCUCUUGCGAUCAAUUUUUCAACCUUUCCAACGUAUCCUCAUCUGUUCCUAAUUAUCAUGAAGUAACAACCCCUUCAACCUCACCCCAGUUUUCCACCAUGAACUCUCAAUCUGUUCAGCCAAUGCAAGAAGUGCCUAAUGUACGAAACGAUUUGUCGACGUUAAAUUGUCGUCCUGAAAUAUUUCAAGAUCCACCGUUGAUCAAAUCAUCCCCUCUUCACAUUGAAACGCAAUUUUCAAAUCAUGAAAAAAGAGAUACGACUACAUCUUUUUCUACUUUUGGAGCUAGUUCCUCUUCUUUAACAACAACUGCGUCAGAUAAUUGUGAUAAUAUCUGUACAACAGCAACUGUUACAACUGCCUCAAUGCCUACAUUACCUAUAACUAAAGCCAAUGUGAUGGAGAAGUGUAAUGCGGUUAAUGUGGCAAAUCAUCAUCAAUCUCUCCGAGCAAAUAACCGAUCCAUUGAUAAAAAUAAUAUGAAAGGUAUUGAGAAGACACUGAAGGAAAUUUCGCUGACCAGUGGUGUGUCGAAACAGAGUAAGUCUUCCCUUGGUGCUCAAAAGAAAAAAAGCACUUUGUCAUCGUUGUCAACAUCGUCAAAUUAUUUAUUAAACAAUAACCGUGGUCAGCAGUUGGGUGGUUUCGUUAAUCAUUUAAAUUCAUUUAAUCCAUUUGGUUUUGAUAACACCGGAGCACCUCGCGAUUUGUCAUUUCCAAGAUACAUCAAUCCCUUGUUUUCAACCUCGCCUUUUCCUGAUUUUUUGCGCUUCAAUGCACCAGUAACCGCUCCUAACUUUGUCAACCCUUCACAAUUGUUCCUUCGUUAUGGUUCUCCAUUUCCCAAUGGUCAUUCAGGAUGGAACCAGAGAUGACUUUGAAUUUGAAGUCAGUUAUUUGUCCACCACCCCACCCCCCGUGAUGACUUUGAAUUGUAGAGUGUUUGUUAAAAAGUUUUUACAUUUCGUCAAAUGGUGUUAUUGAAAAGUUGCAUGUUGAUCAAGAAAAGCCAUGCUUUACAAAUGUGCGUUUGUUGAAAGCAUAUUGAUGACUCACUAGUGUGCACACGUCAAACUUCAUUUAUAUUUGUGUAUAUUAAAGUUUUCAUUCAUAAAGUAUAUUUGACAGAGGCGCAAUAUACAUAUGAUUCAAUUUUUAUAGAUUUAUGUAAAUUAUGAUGAAGAAUAAAUUUCAUAGAACAAAGGUAAAA